AUGGCUUCUUCGUCAUCCACCACGGCGAUCGCCUCCGGCGACAAGUCCGACAAAUUUUCCCUCUAUCCCUCCCUAAAAUUUGUUGUUUCCAAUUUAAAAUCCUUGAUUCCUCAUCAUCUCUCUUCGGAGAACUAUCAGAUCUGGCGAAAUCAGAUACUCAAACUAUUCAAGGCUAAUGGCUUUGAGGAGUUUCUUGAAUCAAUGUCGGCGUCGACUUUGUCUGGCCACGAUCAAAAUCAAGAAAAUGAAGAUCCAAAUGUUCGCAAUGCAAACUGGAUCCUUACAGACCAAAAUCUCGCGGCAGCCAUUUGCUCUACAAUAUCAGCUCCGGUUCUUCCAUAUAUUAUGCAUCUAGAGACAUCUGCGGAAAUAUGGCAAGCGUUGCAAACACGGUUUCAGUCGUCGAGUAGAUCAAAGGUGAUUCAGCUCAAAAAUGAGCUACACAACCUCUCUAUGAACACCUUAUCUAUGCAGGCUUAUCUUGCUGAAAUCAGGAAACUCGUGGACAACAUCGCCUCCGCUGGUGCCAAGAUGGAUACCGAAGACAUCAUUCUUCAUAUCAUGAACGGCCUGCCUGCCUCGUAUCAAUCGUUCAAGACUUACAUCCGAACAAUGCAAACUCCGCUCACUCUUGAUGCGCUCUAUGCUCUACUUAUCUCUGAAGAAAUUCAUGUUCAAGCGGACUCUCAACGUCUCGCUAUUCCUCAAGAUACCCAGACUGCUCUCUACUCGAACAAGGGUAGAGGACGCCGAGGCAGAGGACGUUCAUCUCAACCAAAUCAACCUGUUCAUAAAUAG